GUUGUGGAUUCUCCGCUCGAAAAUCUUGGCAUUGAUGACUAACCAUUAUUUUGGGAACGGAUCCGCUUUUAUUAUUCUGGUGACGAGACUAGUACUCAGUGACUCUUACUAUCGAUUUAUGUUUGCCAUGGCACACCCCGAAGACAUCAAUCAACAAUCAUUCACGCAGGGGAGUCAAGAGGAGGUUGUUGAAGAUCAGGCGUCGGUGUGAUGGAGGAAGUUCCAGGGAUAGUAGGGCAAAUCCCUUCACUCGCCAGCUUUCCUGAUUCCAAUGUCAGAGCCACACUGCCAGUUGCUGAGUGGGAGGGAUGCCUAGAGUCAUGGCUUCUCAGCAUCGAGGUCAGACUACGGAUGCAAGAUAAGGACUUUGCCAAAUUCAAGUUCUCACAGAAAGCCAGUGGCGUGGAUUUCCUGGUCUCGGUACUCCGGUCAGCGAGAGACGAGGGCUUAGCGUCAUCCAAGUUUCAGAAGGAACGACUUUUGCUGAAGCGGGCAUAUAUGCUCCUGCGACGACUCUUACUGGCUACAGGUGUUCCAUUCGACUUCGAGCCAGAGAAGUUUGUCGACCUCCUCUGUAUGGGCAGCUGCGUUUAUGCAGCCGUUGUGGACUGGAAAGCCACUCUCAAGGGGCUCUGGAAACGGAACAAAGCACAAUUGACCACUGCAGUCAACGGCUGGAAGAAGGAAGCAUCUACAAAACUGUCGGAUCAGUCACAUCAGUCAUCUCUCUCGGACAGUUACAGCAGUAUCAAUGCCCUUCUUAAAGUCUCACCGGAGACUGGCCUUAGCCUAAUGACUGGAUCAGAUUACCUCGAGACGCUAAUGGAAGCGUACAGCUCUGCACAACUUACCACCCAGAAGUUAUUGACGGAGCACAUCUAUUACUGCUUGCGUAGUCUCAUGUCCGAUGGACUUUCGCACGGCUCCCUCCUGUUAGACCACCUCUACCAUAUGAAGUCAGAGGCCGAUCGAACAACAAAAUCCAAGCCCGAUCAGCCAACUAUACUGUCAAGUUUGGUCUGCAAUACUUCAUUCUUGAGGCAUCUCGCGGCCGACAACUCAAUAGCGUCUGGGAAACGGGGCCAGAGCUUGAUCGAUGGCCUCACGACUUACCGCCAAAAUGCAGCACAUCUACACACACCAAUGGCGUCACGCAGACACAAGGUGUCAAAGGGCAAAGGGAAGGGCGAUGUCCACGCGGAACUCCACAUCCACAAAGCCUCUCAGGUCUCGCAGGUUCACGACCUCUUCCCCGAUCUGCCCAAUCACUACAUCCUAAGGCUGCUCGACCAUUUUCACGACGAUACCGAAGCUGUGAUUGCUGCGCUGCUUGAACCGGAAUCACUGCCCGCUGAUCUUCGUGACUCGGGUCCGGCAGAUGGACCUUCGGUCGAUAUUGACGGACCAGCACAUGAUUUGGCACCACAUUCGACACCACCGUUGCUUCCCCAGAGGAGGAACGUGUUUGAUGGGGACGACUUUGAUAACCUACGCAUAUCCUCGGACCGGUUACACAGAGGCCGUAAAGAGAUCAAGAUAAGUAAUGACACACAGGAUGAGCAUGCCCGAAGAAAAGCGGCCAUAAUGACAGCUCUAGCGGCCUUCGACUCUGACGACGACGAGAGAGACGAUACGUACGACGUCGCUGAUGUGGGUGGUACGGUCGAUUCCACUCUUGACACCGAUAGCCGUCCUCGCGCGGAGAGGAGUCUUGACCAAAAUCCCCAUGAAGAGUCGUUGUAUCGAGCAUGGAAGGACAACCAGGGGCUUUUUGCACGAGACAGCACGACUCGAGCGUCUAAGGUGCGGCAAGACUUGAAGCGAGAGACUGCUAUGAGCGACGAGCAAAUUGAAGGAUGGGCAAUCAUGCUCAAGAAAGACUCCAAGAUGCAAGAACAAUUGGAGAAGAAGUACUCUAUGUCGCAAUCUUUCCGGGGAAAUCAGACUGCACUUACCGCAACAAGGUGGCAAGGCGAUACUCCAGAGGAUAGUGAAGAAGGUGAAAAUAGCGGUGGUGGUGAUGGUCGCCGGAUGGGUCAGGCACAGAUCCGUGGUAACCCUCCAUGGGGCCGCGGUAGAGGUGGAAGCACAGCGGGUCCUGGUAGUGAAGCUGCGACCCAAGCUGCAAGAAGGCGGAAAGAGCAAGGCAGAGGACGAGGCGGAGCAAACCAUUCUCGGCGGGAAGGUCGAGCUCGAAAGAUGGGUAGAGGCAUGGCAGGGCCAGCAAGCUGAUCGAGCGUUUCGGAUCAUGCUGAUCACGACAGUGCCAGUCAGGAAACUUUAUGACAGUGGGUCAUCAGAAUAAGGACGACAGAUGGUGUAUCGUGAUGAAUGAUAAUGAGGAAAAGGGGGCAAAUGAACCUUGUCGCUUAACCUUCCCAACAGCUCAACUAGUUUGACUAGUUUGCAUUAAUCGGUUUCGUUUGCAUUUGAACCAAUUGUUUGACACAAUAGGAAGUGUCACGUGGGUGGACAAAGUCUCCUUCGUUAUUGAUUUGUGUCGCAUGCCCAUCCACCAUCAAUCAAAGCAAUACAAUACAAUCGUUUGACUGUCACCGUGGAUAC